AGUAGUAGUAGUACUAGUAGUAGUAGUAGUAGUACUAGAAGUAGUAGUAUCAGUUACCAUCAUGGACGCCCUGAAGAAAGGUUUCUCCAUGGCCAAGGGUGGCGUGGUGGCGGCGGCAGAGAAGACCAAAGCUGGCGUGGAGGAGGCGGCCGUCAAGACCAAGGAGGGUGUCAUGUUUGUGGGAAACAAGACCAUGGAGGGCGUGGUGACUGGCGUGAACACCGUGGCCCAGAAGACGGGCGAACAAGCCAACGUGGUCGCGGACACGGCAGUUUCAGGGGCCAACGAGGUCGCUCAGGCCACCGUAGAUUCUGUGGAGAACGCCGCCUUGGCCAGUGGAUUUGUCACCGUGACUCAUGUUCCAAAAGCUGAAGCUGGAGAAAAAGAGAGUGAACAAGCUGCUCAGUAGGUGUGGUGUGCUCCAUGGCAGAGAAGACAACACCUUCAAUUCUUCUUCGCAGCUCUCAGCUCAUUGGUCACUCUGCCAUGACGUCACUGCAACUUGGCCCCGCCCCCAUCAGAAAGACAUCCGAGGACUUUUGCAUGCAUGUGGCCUUGCUGACACACACACACACACACACACACACACACACACACACACACACACACACACACACACACACACACACACACACACACACACACACACACACACACACACACACACACACACACACAAUGUCAUUAUUUGAGCUCUUGUACCAAUUUCUUUUGUAAAACAAUAAAAAUGCAU